AGUGGAACUUCAGAAAAAAUAAAUCUAGCCAGUGCCCUGUUUGCACCAUAUUUACAGUUGCACACAGGAAGUAGGUACAAAUCAAUGCUGCAGCACUGAUCACCCAGCGCCAGCAGGCUGUGUUCUUUGUGCUGAUUGGAACUUACCAAAGGAGCUGCGUUGGCCCAGUCUUUUGGCAGUGCUUGUAGAUGGUAUUGCUUUGCCGUUUCUGAGCCUAAUUCUUCACAUGAUGCAGCUAUGUAGCUAAACUAUAGGGUACUGUUUUUCAACGUAACCAUAUGUCAGGAGACCCAGGAGAAGUUUCGACUGGAACACAGAAGAGAUGAUGAGCUGUUGGUAUUCAGGGACAUAUAAAUCAGGCAGAACGACUGAAGCAAUCUGCUCCAGAUGGUAUGAAAAUCUACACAAAAGAAUCAGCAUUUGGGUCCUGAAGUAGCUGAAAUGCGAAAAAGACAGCAAUCACAAAAUGAAGGAACACCCGCUGUGUCCCAAGCUCCUGGAAACCAGAGGCCCAACAACACCUGCUGCUUCUGCUGGUGCUGCUGUUGUAGCUGCUCCUGCCUCACUGUUAGAAAUGAAGAACGAGGGGAAAGUACAGGAAGACCCGUCCACACCACAAAAAUGGAGAGCAUCCAGGUCCUAGAGGAGAGCCAAAGCCCCACUGCAGAUGAAGUCUUAUCCUGGUCUCAAAGUUUCGACAAAAUGAUGAAGGCCCCUGCAGGAAGAAACCUUUUCCGAGAAUUCCUUCGAACAGAAUACAGCGAAGAGAAUCUGCUUUUCUGGCUUGCUUGUGAAGAUUUAAAGAAAGAGCAGAACAAAAAAGUCAUUGAGGAAAAAGCCAGAAUGAUAUAUGAAGAUUACAUUUCCAUUCUAUCACCAAAAGAGGUCAGUCUCGAUUCUCGAGUUAGAGAGGUGAUCAAUAGAAAUCUGUUGGAUCCUAACCCUCACAUGUAUGAAGAUGCCCAGCUUCAGAUAUAUACCUUAAUGCACAGAGAUUCUUUUCCGAGGUUUUUGAACUCUCAGAUCUAUAAGUCAUUUGUUGAAAGUACUGCUGGCUCUUCUUCUGAAUCAUAAUUUUCAUUUUAAAAAAUCAUUUCAGAGAGCCGGGAUGGGAAACGUAAAUAGUUAAAUAACAUCAGAAAUUGAGUUCCUGGAGGACUACAGUUUGGCUUUCCUCAGGAUACUGUGAAAAUACUACUAUUAUGGUCUUUGUCUCCAUUUUUAUCAAGGUUAUCCAUGAUUAAGCUUGGAGAAAAUACCACAUAAAACAAUGAAUUGCCAAAUUACUUUUGUUUUAUUCAGUACUCAUGCUACUUGCAAGCAAACUGUAUUUGUAGGCCUACGAACAGUCUCCUAGUGUAUCUCCAGAGACUGCAUGUGCAAAGUUAAAACUGCUUCAUUUGUCACAUGGUUGUUGUACUAUUUAAUCAAAUAUCAUAACUUAUAUCUGUAUUUAAGAACUUUUGUGCAAUAUGGUCUUACUAAAUAAUUGCCAAAAAAUUGGCUGUGGUUUGCAUUUUUUUAAACAUCUAAAAUAGAAAACACAAUUUUUAAAAUGUAACAAUAGUAUUCAACAUGCUAUAUACUGUGUUUAGUACACUGAUUUUGAAGCCAAUAUUUCUGUAUAUUAAAAAAGAGCUAUUUAUCUGUUUGUUGGAAAAUCCUAAUAAGGAAUUUCUCUGGUUGUUCACUGCCAAUACUGUGGCAUUUUCAUUACAGAAGACUUUGCUAUGUUUAAAAAAAAUAAGACAAAGAAAUGGAAAAAAAGCACAAAACAAUCUGAAGAGAUCUUAGCUCAAUGACAAAUCAAAGAGUGAUAUUGUUUUUAAUUGUAAUAGAAGAUGAAUCUAUGUAUAUACAGAUGUCCAAUACUGUAAUUAACUUAUUAAAGACUGGCUCUCCAGUUCUAAAAUGGUUGUGUAAAGUUAUGUACUUCAGCAAGCAAAAAAUAAACUUGAUAACUUAGUUUUGGAAUACCAAGAAAAGAAUUUAGUAAAGGAAUGCCUAUAUGUAGCACUGUAAAACAUUUUGAUGAAUAGGAUCUGUCCUGUGCUUGGUAGUAAAAUCCAGUGAAAAGCUAAGUUUUUGCUACGAAAAGUUUUGUAAGGGUUAUGAAGAAGAUACUUCUCUACUUCAGACCUUAACUGUUUUCACAUAGUAUCUUUAACAUGACUUAUUUUAAAAAUGUUAAAACCAAACUACUCAUUCUCAUUCAUAAUUAAAAGGCAGUACAGUGCUCAAAUCUUUCAGCUGCCAUAUUAUUUUUUAUAAUUACACUAACUCUUUAAAAACAUACCUGACAUUGGCUUGUACUUCUGACACUAAGGAAAACAAUGUCCUAUUGUGCACAAAAACAACAACAAUAAUAAUCAGUGUCAUAUUUAUAUUAAAGUGUAAUAUUUGAAUAUUAAUAUCCCCUGAAUACUAUUUUUUUAAACUUACAGUGAAUGAAUAUAAUAUUAAGUAAACUAAAAUGAAAGUUUUAAAAAGAUUUAUAUCCAUGGAGAACACUGGCCUUAUAUUAAGGAUUAUAUUAAAAUUACAAGUUUUCUUUGUCAUUUUUAACUACCUCUCAUUUUUAAUUUAUUAAACAUAUUUUCUAAAAAAAACAUGUUUGGGGGUUUUCUUUUUAACUUUAUUUUACUUGAAAGGCUGGCAUAGUAAGUUUCUUUUUCCAUAAACUAAACAUUUCAAGAGUUUUUUAAGUGACUAUGAUUUUAUAAUUUAUAUAGAAAUCAGGAGACAAGAAUAAAAGGGCUAUUACCUAUUCCCUAUGCAAAUAUUUUAACUGUUGCAGUGUUUGACAAAAUGGAAUUUAAAAAAAUUUGCAGAGUAGAAAACAAAAUGUUCUGUUUACACUGGCGUUGCUGACUAUCCUACCAUAUUCAGCACUUUUAAAUACAUUAUUUAUGAAAAUAUAGUUAAAUGCAAGCUAGAAAAUAUUUAUGAUAAUCAUCUUUUAACAAAUACUUGUUUUUUGAAAGUGUUAGUGUGUUGACAUAUUUUAUUCAUGUCAUUUAUUUACUAUUCGAAUAACAGUUUUCAGUAAUACAUUGAAAAAGAUAACUAUGAAGAUGUUUACAAAAUCAAAUAUUUUUCCUAAAGAGUAAAGUAAAACCUAAAAACAUCAUUACUUCUAUUGUGAAGUUCUAUUGUUGCUAAAUCAUUUUGUCUUGAUUAGAAUAAUGUUUUUGUGUUACUAUGAGGUAUAAAUACAUAUAUUAUAGAAUCAUUCUGUGUUUGAGGCACAAUAAAUUGGUGCACAUGACGAGAAGAUAUGUAAUAUAUUAUGAAACUCUGCAUGCAUCAAUAUUUUUAAAUGUAGACUUUAUAAUUCUUGUUGUUACUCUGUAUGAUGGUGACCUGCUAGUCAUAAGUUAUCUUUAUAAGAUACUUUGGGCUAUGAGAUGAAUUGUCUGUCUGACAAUAUGUUUAAUACUUUGCCAAAUGUAAAGGAUAAGGGCCUUCAUAAAAAUCUGUAACAUGGGUAUUUGGAGAAUACGGAUUUAGAGGGCGAUAUGUCCAUUUGAAACCUAGUACAAGAAGGGUUCUAGAGCAGAUUACACAAUAAAUGAUGGCAACCAUGCUAUAUGAGCACUUACGUGCUAGACUCAUAUUUGUGAACACAAGAAGGUUUCUCCUUUAAUCUCAGAACAUUUAAAGUUUCUAAGAGGAUGUCUGUGUAUUUACAACUUUAUCAAUUUUUUAAAAAUAUGAUAUAAUUUGUUUAAGUCACAAAGCUAUAAUUAACAAAAAGGCCCUCAACUGGUGUCUAUGCUACCAUUCCAAGAGCACAAUAUAUGCUUUAUUAGAGUUUGAUUGUAUCUAGUGAGUAAAUUCCUCCCUGGGGAAAAUUUAGCACUUUAAAAGGAGCACUUUGUGUUUUAGGUUGCCAGGAUUUCUUUGUAGACAGAAUGUGCUGAAGCACACAGAACUUAAUGCACUUUUGAUAUUAUUUAAUUUCAAAUGAAUCUAUAACAGAAAGAAAAAUAGAUGAUAUAGACUAUGUACAUAUAGAUAAAUUGGAGAGCCAGAUCUCCUCGGUGAUUGAUGGCAUUUCUUUACUCUGGCUUGUUAUUUAUUACCCAAAGUUAGCGGAAGUGCUCUGACAGUGUUACAGGGUACAUAAUGAGUAAGUGCAAAACACAAUUUUGAUACUGAAGUUAUGAAAUUAAAAAGUCGAGACAAUAAUGUGGUCCCUUAUUUUUUAAUCUUAAAAUAUGUAUAGGAUGACCAGCUCUGAUGGUUGGUCAUGGUGCAUGGGGUGUUUAUAAGUAUCUUUUAACGUUGCUUAGUAUAAAAUGUGUAUUGUAUAUUUACCUGGUAGCUCAAUUUAGUGAAAGGAGCAUAGAAAUAGGUAAAUAAUAUUUAUUUAUUGGGAGCACAUAUACAUUUUUACCUCAUUAUGUUGAUUUAAAAUAAUAUAGUACCAGAUUCUUAAUAUUGAGUUUACCCAUUUUUCUAUAUACCUUUAACUGUACUGAAAAAUAAGUAAUAUUGCAAUUGUGAGAGAUUACACCAUCAACAAAUACAAAACAUUAGAUACUUUGGUGAGGAAAGGAAAAAGCAAGGGAUUUAAAAUCCAAGCACAAGAUAGAAAAAUAACCUUUUAAAAAGUCACUAAAGUUUCUUAAGAUAGAAAAUGCCCACACAUAAAGCCCUACCAAAAAAACUUUGAAUAUUUUGAGCUUGAUAUGUUGUCAUAUUAUCUUGAAAUGUGGUAAAGGAAUUUACAGAAAACAUUCUUGCCUGUUUACUUUAAUAGUUUAUGAUCCCAAAGGGUCCAGGAAUUGGCUCAACAGCAUAAGCACGUAUCUGGAAAGCGCGAGGUCAUGAGUUUAAUCACCGGUACCAAAAAAAAAAAAAAAAAAACUGUUUAUGAUCCUAGUCUUGAAACAAACACUUAUAUUUGAGUGCUUUACUCGUUUUUAAAAUUUCUGAUAAAUAUACAGUGUUGUCCUGAAAAGUUUUAAAUCUGUAAAAUUUUAAUGCACUUACUAUAAUUGCAAAUAUUUAUCAAUAAACUGAUACCAAAACCUUGCUUCAGAUCUCUAUAACAUUUAUAAUACCCUUACAACCCACAAAAGUACACAGUGAUAAGGACUAUUUCUAAAUACUAGACUUUGAUUUAUUGACAAGUGUUUUUAGAACUAUUACUGAUAGGAAUAGUCCUAUCCAGCCCCAAGAGACAUCUUUUCAGAUUAGGGUUAGGGCUAUACUCAGUGGCAUAAGCAACUGCCUGGUAAAGUCAAGGUCCUGAGUUUGAUUUCUGGUUUUAAGAAAAGGAGGAUUAAUUUAGUGGGAUAUUCUACCUUUAAUGAAUAAGGAAAAGAACUGCCAUAAGUGAUAACAGGUUUUAGUAUAAGGACUAAUUUUCAUGUUAUGACAAAAGCUUUAAAAUAAGGAAAAAGAACACUAUUAAGUGCUGAUGAAAACCAAAUGUAGUAUUUUUCUGUGUUAUAUGUACAACCCAAAAUUCAUUUUUCCUUCAUUACUUCUCAUAGUCUCUUCUGUUACAGAAAUUUCAGAAUUUUAAAACUUAAUUUAUAUGCUUAUAUUUAUAUAAGCAUUGCAUCUUUUAAUAGAAAUAAAUAUUUUAGAAUAAUUGUGUUUCUGAAUACAUUUCCUUAAUAAAGAUCUAGCCUUUAUUUGUCUAUUAAAGUGAUACCACAUAUAGUGCUUACUAAUGUAAACAUAUGUCCCAGAUUCAUAUAUGUAAUAGUGAGAAAAAUCAAGAACUUAAAAUGACAAAUUUAAUUUCAAGUUAACAUUUCUGUCUUCUGCAAUAGCAGGCGAAUUAAUUUUGCUCUCUGAGUAAUUUUCUCAUGUACAAAUGAAGAAUAGAUUCAGAGGAUGGCCAUGAAGGUUAAAUAAACAGAGACAGAACGUUGUUACAUAUAUUGUCACAGUUCUUCAGCUCCAUUAUAUAAAGUCAUUUACCAAAUAUAUAAAUAAAUGAUAGAUCUAGAACUAAUAAAAGAUUGACUGUCAGAAAUCAUUGUUCAUUAAAUCUUUUUACUUUAGAAUACUUUCAGAUUCAUGGAAAAACUGCAAAUAUUAUAUGAAAAGCCCUCAUAUACUUGACUUUUGUAUCAGUCACAGUCAAUGAGAGUAUCAACAAAUUGAGUCUAUACUUUAUUCAAAUUUCCUUACUUUUAUGUAAUCCUUUUCUUGUCCCAGAAUCCCACUCAGGACACCACAUGACAUUUUAUUGUCAUAUUUCCUUGGGAUUUUCUUAGUUGUGAGUUUCUCAGACUUUAUUUUUGUUGACCUUGGUCACCAGAUGAAGUACUGUCAGGUUCCUCCAUUAUAAAACAGUAGUUUUAAGAGGCUAUACAAGAGGUAAUUUUAAGAAGUCAUAUAUAUCACAGGUAAAUUUACUAAACAUUUACAGUGCUGAGCUGAAAAAAAACUCUUAAGAAUGUUUCUCAACACUACAAUUAAGUUCCAUUAAAGGCUUACUAAAAAUAAUAAUAAUACAAUGAACUGGAAAGUAGAAUACAAGAAUAAAACUUCAAAA